AUGCCGCCUCGGAGAACCCAUACAAAGUCACGCAAUGGCUGUGACCAGUGUAAGAAGCGUCGAGUCAAGUGCGACGAACAAGGCCCGCCUUGCUCCAAUUGCACCAGUCGCGAACUCAAGUGCACUUAUUUCAGAGUUCCAACAGCUCGCAAUAGCGCAACCUCACCUGCUGCCAGCUCUACACCUGCAUCUGUCAAUGCCCCCCAAGGACUAACUAACCACGUCUCCAGCCAUAAUCGGAGAUUAUCCCGUCAUGGCAGCUCCAUUCCGCCCAAAUUUGGUAGCGCACGGGAGCUGGAGUUGAUGCACAAGUAUGCGACUGAGACAUACCAGAGCCUGUGCAAUGAGCCCGUAGACCAUUAUACCUGGCAGAUAGUCAUUGCGCGCAAAGCAUUCCAGCAUGAUUUCCUCAUGAGUGGGCUGCUUGCAGUCGCCUCGCUGCACAUCGCCGCCACUUUGGACCCGCCCGACGCCCUAUCAUAUAUCGACACCGCAUUGGAGUAUCACGAUCGGGCGUUUGCUCCUUUCCGCAACGCCAUAGACAAUCUUACCCCGGCUAACUGUGAUGCUGUUUUCGCACAUUCGGUCAUUACCACAGUCAUUGGCAUAGCCCUGCCUCGGCUAUCUACCGACAGAGAGGAGAGCACCAGUAUGACCGAGAACAUUAUCGUCGUUUUCGAGUUGCUCCAUGGUGUUAGCAAGAUUUACACCCUCAGUCGAGACUGGCUCUCCACGCAGCUGGUCACCUCCCGAAAAGGAUUCUGGGAAACGCAACUCUCAAUCCUUGACUCUGAGACCGAGACUGCCUUCGAUAGGCUAACUAGGCUGAGUCACGUUAUGCAAGAAAACAUCAGCGGAGAGCAGCAUCGCAUUAUUGCUGAAGCGAUCGCACUUUUGAGACGCUGCUUUUGCAGAUAUGACCAUACUCGCGAUAUAGCCUCUAUUCUAGGAUGGCUGGCGAUGGCAAGCAAGGAGUUUGUGCAUGCUCUAAGAUGCCGACAACCUCUUGCCUUACUUGUCCUCAUGCACUGGGGAGCACUGCUUGUGGAACUCGAUGGGAAAGUGUGGUGGGCAAAGAACUCGGGCCGGGCGCUGGUUUCGGAGCUACUUGGCGCACUUCGUCCCUGCGAUGCACAAUGGGAGGGUGCUCUGAAGUGGCCGGAACGAAAGAUCAGAGCUUGA